UUUUGAUCGACAUUUUCAGUCUCAUUGUUCCACCCAAGCUGUCAAGUAUAUUGAAGUUGAGUCGCUAAAAAAUGGGAAAUUAUUUAAGAAGUCCGUCCACAAAAAUUUUGCUGGUUACUACAAUACUUAUCCUCUUAUCAACUCCAAUAGUUUUCUGCGUCCCGAUAACACCCGAUGCGAACGUAGACAUUGUUCGUACAGAAUCAUCCAUUCCAAAGCCACCCACAAAUUUGGAGAUUUUUCGACCCGAAAGUGAAUUAAAGUUACGGACAAUGCCACGAACACGAAGCGCUCGUCAGAGCAACUACCCAUUCAUGAUUUACGGGGGAUGCUCCCCUCCAGGACAGACGGGAUGGGGGUGGAACCCGAGACCUCCGCGUUACCUCCGCCGUACAACACAAUGGGAAGCCAAGAGAGACUUACGUUUGCGUGGCAUUCAUUGUUUGCGACCACAACUAAAAGACCUUAAGCAUCUCAAGUUUGUGUACAUAUAUACCGUAAAUAUUCUAUUUAUUGCGGGGGCUAUAAUUCAAAACGGACAAUGGAACAUUUAUCCAAGCUGCACCGAGAUUUUCUAGCGAAUUAUUUAUAUAAAAAAAUUAAGCUAAAAGUAAGAAUCACAGGGCGCUUAUCGUUCCUUUGAAUGUCCCCAUUGAAGACAAAUGUUGGCUUAGAAGUACAGUUUUUCAGCAAAUUUUCUCUCCUUUUCCCUCCCAGUGCCGAAAACCAAGGCGCUCGUGAGUAUUUACCUUGACCCACAAUAUGUUUCUUCAAAGGGGCCAUUCAACGUAAUAGUGCCAUGUGAUUCCUAAUUUGUGGCUUGAUUUUUUGACAUAACUCGUUACAUUAUCCCGGCAUAGCUCAAAAAAAGGUUCGAUUGUGAGUGUCACUAACUGCUAACUCAAUUUGAGUUUUGCUAUUUAGCAAGAUACGUCGUGAGUAACACAUUCCCCUUAAAUUUGCAUGUGUCCCUCGUUAAACGAGGGAUAGUAGAUUUUUUAUCAUUAUUACAUAAAUGCUAUCUUAUUAAAUUGAAAUGAAUCGUUUUGACUUGUUCGUUGCUUAACCGAAUGUGCACCAUUUUUCUAUAGUGGGCCAGGGCAGGGGCCUGAAAAUGUGGCCAUUAAGGCGGUAUCUUGAAUUGAAUAUUCAUAUAUUUCAAUGUGUAGUACAGACCCAACCUGUCUUCCAUGCAAAUUAUAAAAGCAAACAUUACACCCACUCCGGCGUACCAGUGGGGUAAACUUUUCCUAAUACAUUACGAAGAUAGGGCGAAUACAUUUUCUAAAAACUUCGCGUAUGGUGGACUCAAAACGAUGCCAUUAAAGAGCCCAUGGUGUGCUGAGUAUACCCUGCUGCGACCCUCUGCGACCAUCAAGCUUUACUCCAACCACACCCACAUUUAGUAAUUGAAGUUAAAAAAAUCAAAUUUAAGUUGAAUUACUUUCACUCAAGUAUGCUUAAAGUAUAUUCACUCAUUAGACUUUCUCAGCAAACUGAGAUGGUAACAGGAACGUAUUUUGGGUGUUAAAACCACACCCUCUGGUACAGGAAUCAAAAUUAAAGACAUUUCUUGCUGAAAGGCUUAAUGGCCGAUUUUGUCAUGCUUAAUAACAUUGACAAUUGAAAUUCGGAUUACUUUUCUAAUUGUUGACCGAUUUUCAAGUGGCGACUGUUUUGGAAAUCUUGGGUCAAUUGACGAAAUAUAUAUUUCCAGAUUUUUUUAAUUCGACCACACCCCGUCGAAAUUAAGGUCACAAGGUCAAAGAAAUUAUAAAAUGUCAUUAAUUAAUACCGCUAAAUUUCAGAGACUAAAAAUCGAACUUCAUGUCGAAAAAAUACCUCUAAACCGUGGGCACUACCAGCAAUGUUCAAAUGGUCAUAUGCCACGCCCCCAGUGGGUGUGGCCCUCGGCGACUUUUCGAUUUGAACGGAACCCUGUCAUGUGAUAUAUCCUUUUUCUCAGCUCGACAAAGGGGUUUCGGCGAAACCCCAUACCUGCAUUUUCUUACCCAUCCUCCAACUAGGUUGGGAGAACACUUGGCGGCGCUUUGCGCCGCCAAAUUUUUUGGUCACAUUUUUUUCUUUAAAAAAAUUUGAAGAAUUUAAAAAAUAGAAAAAAGCAAGAUCUAAUUCAAACAAAGUGACCAAAACACUCAGGUCUUAGACACAAGCAGAACGGAACACUCGAGUCUAAAAAAUACUCAAGCAGAACGGAUAACUCGGAUCUAAAAAAUACUCAAGCACAACAGAACACUCUGGUCUUCGAAAGACUAGCAGAACAGAACACUCUGGUCUUCGAAAGACCAGCAGAAUAGAACACUUGUCUAAGAAAGACUUAAGCAGAACAGAACACUCGGUCUUAGAAAAACUCAAGCAGAACAGAACACUUGGGUCUUAGAAAGCCCCAACUAGAACAGAACACUCAGUCUUAGAAAGAAUCAAGCAGAACAAACACUCAGGUUUUAAGAAGACUGGCAGAACAGAACACUCGGGUCUAAAAAAUACUCAAGCAGAACAGAACACUCGGGUCUUAGAAAGACUAAAGCAGAACAGAACACUUAUGUCUUAAAAUUACUCAAGUAGAACAAAACACUCAGUUCUUGGGAAGACAAAAAAUAUAAAAACACUCAUUUCUUAAAAAUGUUAAGGACCAACAAGAAGGAGUAGGGUGUUUUUUUGGGGGCUGGUGGGCCACGGAUCUUUUUGCACUGGACUCGGGCUUAACUAUUGACUUCCUGGCGCAUCUAUUUACUACCCGUGUACGUCGAAUAAAAUAAUAACCCCAGGGGUUCCAGUUUUUGAACCAAAAAUCUCGAAAGUAAAUCAAUAAACAAAGUAAAAUAAAUGAAUAAAUUUGGCAAAUGUUAAAA